AAUACCACCAUUUUCAAAUCAUCAAAUUUUCAAAUCAUCAAAUCAUUUAGAAAUGGCAUAUUCAGAAAAAGUAAUUGAUCAUUAUAGCAAUCCGAAGAACGUAGGUACAUUGGAUAAAGCAAACAAAAAUGUGGGUACCGGUUUAGUAGGUGCUCCAGAGUGUGGAGAUGUUAUGCGUCUUCAAAUUGAAGUGGAUGAAGAAACAGGAAUUAUCAAAGAUGCUAAGUUCAAAACCUUUGGAUGUGGCUCUGCUAUUGCUUCUUCAUCAUUAGCUACAGAAUGGCUUAAAGGAAAAACAAUAGAUGAAGCUGUGGCUAUUGACAACAUGGAUAUCGUAGAAGAAUUGAAUCUUCCUCCGGUAAAAAUUCACUGUUCGGUAUUGGCUGAAGAUGCAAUUAAAUCUGCAAUUAACGACUAUAGGGUAAAAAAUGGUUUGCCAGAAUUAGCAUCUGAAAACGUUAUGUCGAUAGAAGUAGGAGCUAUAACUAUUAGCGAAAAAGCAAGAGAAAAAGUAUUGCAACUAAUUGCUGAAAGCAAUCUGAGUGAAGAUUAUUUUUUACGUGUAGGUGUUGUUGGUGGAGGCUGUUCAGGUUUGUCGUACAAGUUGGAUUUUGAUAACGAAAUGCAACCUAAAGACCAAGUGUUUGAAGACCAAGGUAUUAAAUUAGUGACCGAUUUAAAAAGCUAUUUGUAUCUCUGCGACACCGUUCUUGAUUUCACCGAUGGGCUUAAUGGUAAAGGAUUUCACUUUAUCAAUCCGAAUGCUAGUAGGAGCUGUGGAUGUGGCGAAAGCUUUGCCGUG